AUGACUUUGACAACCGAGGGUCUCAAAUUCGUCGCCAAGUACGACCCGGGAUUGCUACCUAACAUUCUUGGAACCGAGAUCCAAGACAAGAGUAGAGCGAAUGCUUUCACCAAAGUGGUGACCUACGCCCAAGCGUUGUGGUUCUGCUCUCAGAUGACAGCGAUGUUUCCCCAUGAUUUGACCACAUCUCUUCUUGAGAUUAACACAGCAAUCCCUGCAGCCUGCGCUCUGCUUUUAUACUUCGUAUUCUGGCGGAAUAACCCCUUGAAUGUUGACGUUGCAAUAUCAUGUUCGUGA